AUGCGUGUCACCAGCCUCUUGACUCUUGUUUCUACGUUCGCUCUCCUCGCCGCCGCAGCACGGCCGGCUGCCAUGGUCAGAAGACAAUCCAAUGCUGUGGAUGCUCCCCUCUCUCUGGAUGAUCUUGUGACGAAGUUCGAUUCCCUUACAGCAGAGCAGCAGGAUGAGGCUGUGAAAAAGCUAUCACCAAAGGAGAUUCUUCGACUCAAAAACUGCCUCUAUUUCAAGGAGAUACCAGAGAUUCUAAAGCCCACGUGCCCUGAGAGUCUCACCAGGGUUGCCGAACUUGCCGAUGUACUUGAUUUGUUCAAUGCACAUAAUUUGUUCGAAAAAGAUCCCCGGAUCUGGAAUAUAAACUUCGGAAGACAUUCGCCUGGCUUUAAUAUAAAUAUCGAAUGUGUUGAGCUGGAACACGUCCAGUUACAGCCAGAAAGUCAGAAGAAUAAGGGUAUCCAAAAAGAUGUAGAUGUACCGAAGGAUCUUGCAAUUAUACACGACCCGUACAAAGACUUGAGAUUGGGUUAA